AUUGAGUAAGGCAUAUAAAUUAUGUCAUUAUACCUAGUCGGUCAUUUACAUGUUAUCUGUAGAUAAAAGAAACGGAAACUGUAAAAUUUUGAAUCGAACAGACAUUUUUAAGUAAUGCAUAUUUGUGUGCUUACGCGUAUAACUUGUGUAAAUCUGCUUAGCUGGACUAAGUGUAUGAAAUAAAAAUAAAAUUAAGUGUUUUUAUAGUUUUACUUUAGGUAUUAAGAAUAGAUAAUAUCUAUUAAUUUUGAAAAAAAUUAAUUCGUAAAUGAGGUGUUUGUAUAAGAAAAAUAGACAAAUUUAACCUUAAAGUUGAAUGACCUAACCUUAAAGUUAAUUAAUUUCUGAUAUAUUAAUGAAAGAAGAUUAAUAAAAUAUUCAAUAUGCACGGCAGAGUAAAAGUUCGAACAACUGCAGAGCAGGAAGCAUUAAAGAAGAAGGAAAGGGCUGAAAAACUGUCACGUUAUAGAAUUGGCAUGAGCAUUGUGUUUAAGAAAAGGAAAGAUAAAAUUUAUGACGAUGAACUGAUGACGGUUACUGAACGUAUGGUAUUACAAAAUCCAGAUAUUUAUACUUUAUGGAACAUUCGUAGAGAGGCAUUUAUAAAUAAUGAUUGGGAUGAAAAGCUUUUAGAAGAGUUUUAUCAAAAUGAAUUAAGACUUACCGAAAAUUGUUUGAAACAAAAUCCAAAAUCUUAUUGGGUAUGGUAUCAACGGAUAUGGAUUACAAAUCACUUAGCAGAAUGUAAUUGGAAAAAAGAACUAAUGCUAUGCACUAAGUGUCUAAAUUUAGAUGACAGAAAUUUUCAUUGUUGGAAUUAUAGGGAAUUUGUUGUACAAAAAGCAGGAAUUUCUCCUGAUGAAGAAUUUGAAUUUGCUACCUCAAAGAUUCUAAAUAAUUUCUCUAAUUACUCAUCCUGGCAUUACAGAAGUCUACUGUUAUCAAAAAUGUUUCAUAAGUCUGACCAAAACGAUAUUGAUGAAAAAAAGAAACAGGAAUUAGAGUUGGUAAUGAAUGCCACAUUCACAGAUCCUAAUGAUUCUAGUGCUUGGUUCUACCAAAGAUGGUUAUUAAAUACUCAUGAAUUCCUUGCUACGCUUUCUCAAGCUUUAAUAAAAAGUGAUAAUGUGAUCCUUUUUGCUAAUAAAAAUAUAUCAACUGAGUCAAUAUAUUUAAAAGUAAAUAAUAAAAAUGAAAAUGUGCAAUGGAAAUCCUUACAACAAACAAAGAUUUCGAAAUUAUGGUUUGGAAAAUUAAAGAAACAGUUAAAUGAAACAAACAAUGUUCAGAUCGAAAUUGAAGGAACAUUUUAUCCCUUGGUUUGCAUUAAUCAGAAGUGGAUAUAUAAAAAAAGAAAAUAUAAAUUUUGUUCUAAUAAAGAUCAAUUAUUAGAACAGUUAUCGAGUUAUAAACAGCUUAUAGAAAUGGAACCUAAUAAUAAAUGGGCUUAUUUAACCAGCAUUCUUUUAAUGAGGAAAAUCGAUUUUAUAAAAUUUUAUGAAAAUAUUUUAACAAAUUUGAAUGUUCUUGUUAAUAUUGAUUCUCUUCGAUCUAAUUAUUAUAAGGAUUUGCGAAGCAAAUAUAUAAUUGAGUAUAAAAUAUAUGAAUUAUGGAAUACAGAAGAAGAUCAGGAAAUAAAAACAGAAAUUGAUCUCUCUGGAUUAAACUUAACCACGCUUAGUAAUAACGAACAUCUCAGUUUUUUUGAACAAAUAAAUCUCGGUGCAAAUUAUUUAGCAGAUUCGUUACAUCAGUUAUUUAUACUGCAAAGCUGUACAAAAUUAUCACUUUCAAGUAAUCAAGUGAAAAAUUUGAAGAAGUUUCCUACAUUGCAAAAUCUUGAAGUUUUAUUAUUAAGAAAUAAUAAAUUAAAUAAUUUAGGAGAAAUAUUACAAUUACUAACAAGACAUAAAUUGAAGUUACUUGAUUUAAGAGAAAAUCCAAUUUGUAAUACUAAAGAAUUACAAACUGAUAUAGCACAAAUCAGUCCAGAUUUACAACUAUAUAUAGAAUAAUUUUCAUAAUAUACACAUACAUUGAUAAUAAGAUAUUAUUGAAUGUAUGAAGUCUAAUAUAGAGCCAAUACAUAAAUAAAAAUCUAAAACUUAUCUUUUUUGUAUCGUACUACAUUUUUUCUUGUGUAUAACUGAUUUCCAAAUUUAAAUAACUUUUGGUACAUUAUGUUUUUAAUUAUUGUUAAAGUAAUAUUAAAUAAUAUUAAAAUAAGUACAAUAAAACAUAGAAUAUAUGACCAAAGUGUUUUAAUUAUUUUUUGUUAUUGUUAACAAUAUGAAGAAAUAUUUAAGUUCUCAAUUCUUGUAACUACAUUAUGCUUAACUAUAUUAAAUGUACAAAUUUUUAUUUUUAAAUGUAAUUUUCACGAAUAAUACAUGUGUAUACACAUGUACAAACAUUUCCUUUUCAAAGUACAUUUAAAAUAUUUU